AUGGAUAUCCCUGUUCAAAUUGCAGUUAGACUCAAACCUCCAAGUCUUGCGGACUCCACACAGUGUAUUUUUAGUAAUCCCGUUACACAGAUUGUUAUUACAGAAAGUGGUCAAACUUUCCAUGUGAAUAGAGCUUUGCCAGUUGAUUGUACUCAAGCUAAUCUUUUUAAUUCAUUCAUGGUUCCCCAAAUCAACUGUUUUUUAGACGGCUGUGAUACUUCGGUGGUUGUAUUUGGUCAGCCAAAAACUGGAAAAACUUAUACACUGUUUGGUUCUGGGUUCGAAUGCAUUCACAGUGAAAGUGACCAAGGCAUAGUUCCUCGGUUCCUCACAGAGAUAUUUCAUAAGCUCAUUCAAAUGCCUGAAAGAGAAUUUAUUUUACAUAUUACAUGGAUGCAAAUAGUGGACAACAAUAUUUUUGAUGUACUGGGAGCAGGAUUGGCAAGAUGUUACAAUUUGGAAGAAGCUUUUCAAUAUUUGCAAUUAGGAUGGAGACAAAGAUGCCUAGGAAAUAACCACACUGUAUUCACAGUAAGUGUCGAGCAAAAAUGGGUCGGCACAAAUGGUGUCCUCAAUCACAGAAUGUCUACUGCAAGUUUUUGUGAUUUAGCAGCAUACCCAGAUCCUGGACUGUUUGCCUUAGAAAGUAUCAUCAAAGAAUUAUUAGCAGGCAAUCCUUCUAAACAAAUUAAUUAUGACCAAUGUAUAUUAACAGCAAUGCUUAAAGAUUCUUUUGGAGGCAGAGCUUUCACUUGGGUAAUAGGAUGUAUUAGUACAGAACCAGAAGAUUAUCAAGAUACGUUAAAAAUACUCAAUCUCUGCUUGUGUUGCAGAGGUAUAAAAAACUUUGUGACAGUUAACCUCUUUGCUGACAAUAAUACUCCAGUCUAUACAGAUAAAGGUAUGGCACAACAAAACGACAACAACUUUAAUUUACAGUUUGCUACAACUCAGUGGAUAAAGCUAGUUUCAAAUGCUGAAGGUUUGUUCAAUAAAAUACUUCAGUCUAAGUCCUUAACUGAGACUGAUAUAAAUCAAGUUACAGAGUGGUUAUUUUUAAAAGCUGAAUGUGAUGAAUGUUUAAAUACUGAUGUUGGUGUUGAUAAUAAGGAAGUUGGUCAAAAGCAAGGACUCCCACGAAUAGCUGAAGAUACUGAGCCAAGUGAACUUAGUGAAACUGAUGUAGAAAGUGAUUCAGAGGAAGAUAAUCAUUCCGAUACUGUGUUUCAAGAUAAGCUUGAGAAGUUCAUGGAAUAUUUUAGAGAAAAAAAUGAUCAGUUAUAUGCUGAGAGGUGUGAAGAAUACUUAAAUCAUAUUGACUCUGAUGAUAUAACUAUAUCUGAAACCAGUGGAUCUCAUUCUUUGCCUGUUAUGACAUCUCAAUCAAAUUCUGGGCGCAGGAGAACAAUACAUCCAGGUGAAAGUUUAUCUGGAGCAGAACUUGAAUUGCUUAGAAAAGUUGCUGCAAAAGCAAUAUCACCUGAAUCUCAAAAAAUUAUUAUAGAAUCUCAUAAGAAAGAUCUUGAUCCAGAACCAAAGCUGAUUGAAAGAGAAUUAUUAAAAAUGAUAGACUCUCCAAAGACAGAAGAAAUAUGUAAAAAAUAUAAGGUAAUAAAAGAAAAGUAUACUCAGAAACAAAUUUUAGCUAGAAAGCUUUCAAAAGAGAUAGGCAGCAGCCAAACACAACUAAAGGAAUUAAUUAACUUGUGCAUUGCUAAAGAAAGAUUAAUUGAUGAUCUUUCCAAAGCAGUAACAUAUCAUAAUAAAAAUUAUUUAGAUAGGAUUGAUGGAAAUUUAAUAGAUCAAGAUACACAAAAAGAACUAAGACGGCAUGAAACUAACCUAAAAACCUACAAGAAGCAAAUUGAACAAAUUAAAAGACAAAUUAAGAAAGAUGAAAAACGGAAAAACACUUUGGAUGUUGAACUUGUGAAAGACAAAUUAAAACUUGAUGAACUUUCUGAAACAUCUGUAUCAACCGAUCUCAAAGACAGAAAAGCACAUUCUCUCAAACACUUUACUCACAGGAUAACUCAGUUAGACAACAUUUUGAAAGAAAAAACAAAUGAUUUGGAGAACUUGCAACUUUCCAAGGAAAAAGAACUAAUGCUCAGGAAAGAAAUAAAAAAUCUACGUAAAACAAGAGAAUGUUUACAUGAACAGAGGUGUAGUUUAGGUCAUAAAAGAAAGAUGUACAAAUCAUUGUCAGAUUCUGAGGAACGAAAGUUGUUGGAAUGUGAAGAAGCCAUUGAAGCUAUUGACACAGCCAUAGAAUACAAAAAUAAUUUGAUUUGUGGCAAGUCCCCUUCAGCUUCUCUUUCGGAUUCCCAUGACAACCGGGAGUCCAGGACACGUGGCGAACAAAUGCUCAUGGCCAGGCUGGAUAAACUGUCACAUGACGAAAUGAAAACCCUACUCUAUAGGUAUUUUCAAAAGGUGGUAGAUUUACGUGGGGCUUGCGCGGCUCUAGAGGCAGGCGUUGCCGCGGCCGCGGACGAAGCGGCGGCGUGGCGGUCGAGAGCCGCCGCUGCCUGGAGGCACGCGCAGAGGGUGCGACCACAUAACAAUCCACGACCUUUCCACACGAUGCACCGAUGUUUAGACGCGGGAAAUGCGGAGAGAGCUCUAUCUGUGGGCAUGACGACAGAUUCUGAGACUUCCGAUGACGCUAUGCGCCUCGUAGAUCGUAUGAAGCAAAUUGCCAGGUGUCAUCCGGCACCGGUGAUACCCAGCCAGAACUUAAAACAGCUGAUGCCGGCCACGAAUAUGCCCGCUGCCAAAGUCACCAAGGAAAGGAACAAACUCAUAAUUGUUCAACAGAACAAACGCAACUGA